AUGUCGCGAGCAGGCUACGACGCUGUCGUCGACGUUGAUGACGAAGGCGACCUCGGUCAUACAGAUCUCCAAGAAGACCUCGAAUUCCACCCCUCCAACUUUUCCGAGACCGCCCCAGCCCUCGGCACAUCCAGCACCCGUCACAACAAGACCUCUCCCGGCCGCAGCUCCCCCUUCCUCCCUCCCCCUGCGACGGCAUCGACCUCCGGCGGGGGCAGCAGCAAGAAGUUCCUAUGGAGUCUGUCGUUCUACCAGCAGUUCUUUGAUGUUGAUACAACAUCCGUGUUAAGGAGGUGUGGUGCGGCGCUGUUUCCACGAACAAACUUCCUGGAUGUGCUGGAGGGGAAUCCGGAUUUGUACGGGCCGUUUUGGAUCGCGACAACGGUGGUGUUGAUUUUGUUUUUGGGCGGGACAAUUAGCGAUUAUUUGGCGCGGAGUGGCAAGGGGGAGUUUGCGUAUGAUUUUCGGUUAUUGAGCGGGGCGGCGGGCUUGAUAUACGGCUACACCUUCAUCGUACCCAUGGUCCUCUUCCUCGCGCUGCGCUACUUCGGCUCCGAAAGCGCCAACCUGCUCGAGUGCUGGGCUCUGUACGGCUAUAACAACCUGAUCUGGAUUCCCGUCGCGCUCAUCAGCUGGUCGCCUAUCGCCAUCUUGAACUGGGUUUUCGUGGGUGUUGGGUUCGGCUUGUCGGUUGCCUUCCUCCUACGCAACCUUUAUCCUGUGCUUAGCGCCACAGGCCACCAGACUAGCAAGAUGUUGCUGGUGUUUGUUGUUGCGCUCCACUUUGGUUUAGCGGUGGCUAUCAAAGUGCUGUUCUUUGCGCAUGGCAGUCCCGCAUUGAAGGAUGGCCCGGGGAAGGACAAGCCGGAGGGGCAGCAGCUCUUUUGA